CUCAAGAAGUCAACUUCUUCUUCCCUUCUCUUUCUCUCUCUCUCAACGUAAUAAAGUUGAAAGUUGAAACCCAAAGUACAGAGAAGUCAGAAACAGAACAAAACCAUCCUAUGAAAGAACCAAUCUUGUUUUUCUUCUAAUACUCGAAGCGCUUCAUUUUGUCUUUUGUUUUCUUUUUAAUGGGUAACGGAGUUGCAAAACUUGGCCACUGCUUCACCGGCCACGUGUCACGCCGUCACGACAUCGCCGUCAUUUUAGGGGAUCCAUUGGACGGGGGACUGGGUCACUCCUUCUGUUACGUUCCGUCCGAACAGCUUCGUCUUUAUUCCUCCAAAGUCCAUUCCGAGUUCUCUACAAACAACGUCCUGCAAACGACGCCGUUUUUCCACUCAAUCUCCGGCGCCUCAGUCAGUGCUAACGUGUCAACCCAGACUCUAUCAAUGGCUCUGGUCGAAUCAUGUCCGUACAACACCUCCUCCAUUGAUCGGGCCUCCACUUUCGAGAGCUCCGAUUCUUUCGCUUCUCUUCCUCUCCAGCCCGUCCCCCGUAGCUCGUUCCAAUCCGGUUCGGGUGCUUCCCUGAUAGGGUCCGGCCCGAUCGAGAGAGGCUUCUUGUCGGGUCCUAUCGAGCGCGGGUUUGUAUCUGGACCCAUCGAUCGCGGGGUGUAUUCCGGGCCGAUGGUUGAUAAAGAAAAAGAUUGUGACAAUAAUAAGUUGCAGAGAAGCUUAUCUCAAAAUAAUAUUAAAGAAAACUCCCAGAAACAAAGAUUAAUGAAGGUUUUCAAGAGAGUGUUAUCGAUUUCUCAUACUAAUAAAUCGUGUAAACGGGCUAAAGAAAUGGAUUCAGAGAGAAACAAUGAGAGUGUGAACGGGAGUUCCAUUGCUGCGAGCAGUAACAUGAGCUUGAACAAUGAAGGCGGUGUUAUUGUUGAAGACAAUGACGAUGACUUUUCAUUGAAAAGUCAAAAUCUUCAGUGGGCACAAGGGAAAGCCGGUGAGGAUCGAGUUCAUAUUGUGCUAUCAGAGAAACACGGUUGGGUUUUUGUUGGGAUAUAUGACGGAUUCAACGGUCCUGAUGCUCCUGAUUAUUUGCUUAAUAAUUUAUACGCUGCUGUUCACAAGGAACUAAAGGGGUUACUAUGGAAUGAAAAGCUUGAAUCCACCGGGAAUUCACUGAGUUCAAUUGAGGCGUCCUCUUUAUUUGAUAAAUUAAAUCAAUUCCAGAUUGAUAAGGAGAACAAUCAUCCUUUGGGAAACAGUGUAAUAGAUGAGAAUUCAAGGGGAAAAAAGAAAAAAAAUGGCAUAGCGAUGGCGGAGAAAUGGGAGGAGAAUCAAAAGAGGUGGAGGUGUGAAUGGGAUAGGGAAAGGCUAGAACUUGAUAGAAAGUCGAAGGAAAAAUCAAACUGUGAAGGGACAAACGGGGUCAACCAUUCGGAUGUCCUGAAGGCGCUCUCACUUGCCUUGAAGAAGACAGAGGACUCGUUUUUGGAGGUUGCAGAUUUGAUGGUGAGGGAGAAUCCUGAAUUAGCUUUGAUGGGUUCUUGUGUUUUGGUUAUGCUGAUGAAGGGAGAGGAUGUGUAUUUGAUGAAUGUUGGGGAUAGCAGGGCGGUUCUUGCAAAGAAACUCGAGCCUAAUAUCGGAUUAGGGAGGCAGCGGAAGGACUUGGAACGAAUCAAGGAGGAAACUAUGCAUGAUCUUGAAACAUUUGAUGAUGGCGAAAUCGAUAGAUUGAAUAACUUGACCUCCAUUCAGCUCACAAUUGAUCACAGCACUUAUGUGGAGGAGGAAGUCUGCAGAAUUAAGAAAGAACACCCAGAUGAUGAUUCUGCAGUAAUGAAUGACAGGGUGAAAGGUUAUUUGAAGGUCACUCGUGCGUUUGGGGCUGGAUUUCUCAAACAGCCAAAGUGGAAUGAUGCACUUCUUGAGAUGUUUAGAAUCGAUUACAUAGGAACUUCUCCAUACAUCACUUGUUUGCCUUGGCUCUGUCAUCAUCGACUCAGCCCCAGGGACAAGUUCUUGAUAUUGUCAUCUGAUGGACUCUAUCAGUACUUCACCAACGAAGAAGCUGUCUCCGAAGUUGAGUUAUUCAUCGCUGCAUUUCCAGAAGGAGAUCCUGCACAACAUCUCAUCGAAGAAGUACUAUUUCGCGCAGCAAAGAAAGCCGGUAUUGACUUCCAUGAGCUGCUUGAAAUCCCACAAGGGGAUCGUCGAAGAUACCAUGACGAUGUUACUGUCAUCGUAAUUUCAUUCGAGGGAAGAAUAUGGCGAUCAUCCGUGUAAAUAGAGAUACCUUAUAGAACAAAGAAAUACAAAUUCAUACAGGUUGGACUGGUUUUUUUGUUCAUCUUUUUACCUUGAUAUAAUUAUAAAUAUAUUCUCCCCAUUUUUUCC